ACAAGGGUGUGGAAAUCUCUCUCUAGUAUAUUUAAGCAAUAGUACAUAAUGUGUCAAAAUGGACAAUGUUUGCUAGCGGUGGGUUUAGAUCGUUACAAAUGAUAUCAAAACCAUACACCAAGCGAUGUCCCAACGAGAACACUGUAUCCCCAACGAGGAUGAAUGAGGGGUGGAUGCUUGGUGUCCCAACGAGGACAUUGGGCCUUCAAAGAAGGUGGUGGAUGUUCAGUGUUCUAGUGAGGACGCUAGCCUCCGAAAAUGGUGAAUUUGAAGGGGUGGAUGCACGGUGUCCCAACGAGACUAUUAGACCUGAAGAGAUUGACCAAGAGAAGAGAGGUGGAUGGUGAGAUGUAUGAUUUUAGGGAUUUUUUUUUUUUUUUUUUUUUUUCCAAUUACUGUGCCAUUUGGUAUUUAUUUAAAGCAAUGGAGCCAUCUCCCUGUCCGAAAGAAACAGAGGAAUAGCCGCCUCCUUUCAUGAAUCACAAUUCCCCUUCAUCAUUUCUUCCAAAAUUUCAAUGAAUUCUUCGUUCUUUCACUCCCAAAACGCCGAUUUCUCGCCGGAAUCUUCCUUCGGCUCCUUCGAAUCACUGCUAUGGGAAGGUUUCCAAAUCAACGACAACUCUCUGCCCUUCAACGAGAAUGAUUCCGGCGAAAUGCUCCUUCACAGCUUAAUCUCCGAGGCUGCCGGGUACCCACCGGAGAUUUCCCUCCGGCAGGCUCCGAUCAAAGACGAGGAGGUCGAUUCCCUCGGAGAAGAAGAACCCCACAAGCGAAAAUGCUACAGAGGAGUCCGCCGCCGGCCAUGGGGAAAAUUCGCGGCGGAAAUACGGGACUCGACCCGAAAUGGGGCUCGGGUUUGGCUCGGAACAUUCGACAGUGCCGAGGCGGCUGCUUUAGCCUAUGAUCAAGCUGCUUUUUCAAUGAGGGGUUCCACCGCCGUUCUUAAUUUUCCAGUGGAAAGAGUUCAGGAAUCGCUGAAGGAAAUGGAGAUGAUAAACUCCAGUGAAAACGGCGGCGACGGCGGAUCUCCGGUGGUGGCGCUGAAGAGAAAACACUCGAUGAGGAAGAAAUUCACAAGGAGAAAGAGCAAAGAAAGAGAUGGGAGUGGAACGAUUGAGAAUAAUGUGGUUGUUUUGGAAGAUCUUGGGCCUGAUUAUUUGGAAGAACUUCUAGAGUCGUCGGAGAAUCUCCGGCCAUAGUCAAUUUUUUCCACCGUCUCAACCUCUUCCCAUUUUUACCAGAAGAACAUCAUAAAUUUUGGUUGAUUCAUUAAAAAAACAGACACCUCCGUCAUCAACAUUUUCAAUAUUACGCUCAUUUAUUAAUAGAGUUUUCAAGAUUUUGUAUAGUUU